GAACAUACUUGCCAAGACUUGCUCUUGUUUGCAGUGGCAGUUGAGGGGGUUCCCCUGUAUGCAUGCAGUGAGUGCAUUGCAUAGCAUAAGGCCACAAUGGAGAAAGUACUGCAGUGAUUACUAUUCAGUGGAGAACUAUAAGGCCACAUAUGCACCAACUUUUGCACCACUAGAUGAUAAAAGUGAAUGGGUCCAGCCAAACAUGAACAAGAAGAUCUUGAACCCUCCUCACAGUAGGAAACCAGGAAGACCCAAGAGCAAGAGGGUAAGAAGUUAUGAUGAACCUCGUGUUGAGAAGACAAAAAGGAGGUGUGGGAAAUGUGGAAAUGUUACUAACCACAACAAAAGAACAUGUGCUGGUGGUGAAGUGGGAUCUAAUCCAACUGCAAAGAGGCAAAGGACUGAAUGUGAUGCACAAAGCUUCACCUUCAGCAACAUAGAGCCAACAAUGAAGACUUCAUCUGAGACCCAUUUAAAACCGUCACAAUCUGUACAAGUGAGGUUUGAUUUUGCAGUGGGCAGUUUUUGAAGCAAUGACCAGAUUCUCCGCAAGCGUAACAACCAUUCUCUACUGGUAAUUUCACCAUCUUGCAUUUGACAGGAUCGAUGGCAUCGUCAAACCAUUCAAAGUACUGACAGGGCCUAAUUUAUAUGAAUGAAGCUGAAUCUGACCGUUACAAAUCCAACCGUUACAAAUCCGACCGUUGCAAUGAGUCACUGAGUUGACUCGAUACUGGUUUGGUUACGAACUCAGACGAGGGUUAAGUCGUCUUUUACCUAGCAGGUUAACUGCCACGUAGCCAGUUAACUACCUAAAUCCGUUUUUUGAAAAAAACGGGAUGGAAAAUGUCAAUAUCGGCCAGUUUAUAUAAAGAUUCAAAAAAACGGCCAGUUUCUUAAAUAUGGUUCAAAAAGGUGGUUACUUUAUUAAA